AUUGUCAUUAGCGCCUCGGCUCCUGCCUGCUGCAACCUAAUCCCCAUCUUGACCAGCGGCGAAGUGUUUGGAACGCACACAGAAAUCAGCAUAACUCUAUUUGACAAUAAGCAGGCAGAAGAGUAUCUCAAAAUCCUUGCGACAGAGACGCGGGACCUGGUGUCGCCCUUCCUCCGGAGCGUCUCUGUCUGCACUCGAGUGGAGGAGGCCUUCCGCCAGGCCCACGUGAUCAUCGUCCUGGACGACCCCACUGACAAGGAGGUGUACACGAAACAGAACCCACCCAGGAAGUUAAGUCAUUUGCCCAAAUUUCUGUUCCAGUCUAGAAUCAAGAACUUCUUGUCAGAAUCAAAGAAGAUAAAAAGUUAUUUUAAGGAGUGGCUGACAGAUUUGUGUGAAAAGAAUAAAUGGAGUCACAAAAAUUCCCCCAUCAUCUGGAGAGAGCUGUUGGAUCGUGGAGGAAAGGGUUUGCUUUUGGGAGGAUAUAAUGAAUUCCUGGAGCAUGCUCAGCUUUACUAUGGUGUCACCUCAAGUAUGACGACUGAGCUGAUGAAGGUAAUUGCUCAAGAGAAUCUGGCGACACAUAUAGAAAAAGAGCUGGAGAAAGAAGCUCUGAAAAGUCUCAUCGACCCCUUGCAGGUCUGGAUCACCAGUGAGUGGGUAAACAAAGACUUUGUGGCAACUCUUGAACAGUUGACCUCCACAGGAAAACAAUUUGGAAGCAUCUUAGCCGCACACAGCAUAGCCACCACGUUGAAAUACUGGUACCACGGCUCACCGCCUGGGGAGAUCGUGUCCGUAGGAGUAUUGAGCGAAGGCACUUAG